UCCUGCUCAUUCAAGAUAAUUCAUUCACUCGAACGACGUCGUGCUAAACGCCCGUAUAGUUGUUGUUUAGCAGUUUAUCCGAUUUCAGGUACUUUUUGGACUUCAUCGUGCGGAAUAUUGAAGUAGAUUUAUGCUAUUCAUAGUUUCUGUAACUUUCAUAUGAUAGUGGAUAUUUAUGAAGUCGAGAGUGUGGUAACCUGACGUAACUGGCAACCUCUGCUUGCCGGUUUCAUAGUCAAAUUCGACCUCGAAAAGGAUACAAACUCAGGUUGAAUUUGGCCUCCCGCACUGGGAGAAUCGUCCAUUGAUAUUUUGCUCAGCACCCCAGUGAGGUCGGAAGGGAAUUGUGACCAUGCGGAGCAUCGCCAUUGUCACGGGGCUUUUGAUCCUGAAUACAGGUUUUUGGCUGGUCUGCUCUAAAAGAACCAAAUGGCACAUAGAUGAGAUAUUAGCAGACGAAGAUAAAUGCGAUGGUAUAUUGAAACAUGUGGAGAACUGCCACGUGACGGCCCAAAUACCACCUGACGUCACCGGCAUAUGGACUUCAAAAAGGUGUGAAACUAGACCUGGGCCUGAAUACCUUCUCCGUCGAUACAAGUUCGGGAACAACUCCAUAUUUGAGGCACAUCAGUAUUUCUACAAGGAUUCUCAAUGCUCCAGUCCCCUUUACGGCAUCAUAGCCAAAGGCUUCUACAAGCCCACGAGGGUGUCUUGGAUAGUCCCGGGAGGAACUGAAACGGAUUAUUACCUCGAGCACGUCAUUGUCAUACCCUACCAACCAGAGGUAGCCAAAUCCAUGCAGGACAGGGUGAAUAGGACCUGUCCGAAUAUGCUAAACGAGAUCUGGAAACCUUACGUCCCGUAUGAGAUUUUUAACUAUGCAGAGUUCCCGAGUGCUGACUCAGAUGAUUAUAUAAUCUUGGACAAGGACUGUACUCACGCCAUGGGGUUCAAUAUGCACGAGUUACAGCUGAUGAGGGUGGAGAUGAGGCAGCAUCUGCAGCAUAAGAGAAGGGAGCUAUUCCUAGGAUCUAUUGGUACCGACACCGAGUCCCGCAUGGAACAUCGCCCAACCAGUUAUCAGGUGCCAUUACUCCAUGUUCAGGCCAAAGGCUGUUCCGUGUGCCAUAACGUUGCGAACUCCGAUGACUUCAUUCCGCCAGAACUCCCAAUUCAUGAACCACUCCCGAUCAGUCUUCCCGGUGAAUGGGUCAGCAUGCGAUGUGAGAACAGACCAAACGGAAUCUUCCUCACCAGGCAGUUCCAGUUCGAUCAGGACCAGCGCACAUGGCUAGGGCACUACAGGCAUUUCACGGACCCCGUUUGUAGGCAACCAGCCUUUACAAUUUUUGCUUGGGGAACCUACUACGCAGGCCCCGAGUCGACCGUCGUUGAUGGCAGUUACAACUACGAUUUUAAAGUCAUCCAGAUAAAGAUUACUCCUCAGAACAUGCCCACUGUUCGAGCUCUAAAUAGUAAUGACAGAGACGACUGUGGAAAAUCUAGGUCUUGGGAACUCAAUCGCCAACAGGAUGUCACCUCUACAAAUGGUUGUACUACCCUAUCUCUCCGUGUGCCUUACAUUGAACAUGAGAUACUAAAGACCACGAUCCAUCAUAAGAAAAUGUGGUUAUAUUUUGGGGAAAGGCCGAGUGAUGGGAAAGGUCCUACCACGCCAAGAAGGCGGGCAACAUCGUUCCAGGCUCCUCUUGUGAAGUGUCGGACGGUAAAGCCCCGGGGUUACAGCCAAAAGCAUGAGCCAAGGCCAGUGUUGGACCUGCAUUAUAACAUUUCGCCCCUCUCCGCAUCAGGGGCAUUAGUGGUCAGUUGGUUGAGAUGGAAUUACUGGCUUCUCGCGAUCGCUCUCGUACUCCGGUGAAGAGGAGUGUUCUGAGAGACGAGAUGUAAAAAGGCAGCAAGGGACUUAUGCAACAAAUGAGACAUCACAGCCUGUCGUUACUAUGGUGGAAGAGUAAUAAGUGCCAUCAUAACAUGCUGGAAGACGUACCAGAAAGAUUGACGCAAGGAUAUUUUAAAUUUUGGGAAUUGUCUUUCAUUUGCAUAUUUUUUUAUAGACAAAAUGUGUCUUGAUUUCGUUAGUUUUGCAAGAUGGAAGUAGCGUAGGACAUAUCUUUUGGAAUGGUCUUGUACCGCAAUUAUAUAUUCUAUAAAGUUUGGUUAAUUCGUUUCACAAAACUUAAGGCAUACAGAGUGCUAUUAAGUAUUGCUAAAUGCACGUAGGCGUACAUGUAUGAAAUUACGCCAGUAAAGACUAGUGGCUCUAGGAAGAUGUUUUAUAUGGCCCAAGUUUUGCGAAGCAGCCUAAAUGUAUCCUCCCUUCAUACCUCGAAGUGGAGGAGAGUUUGUGUUUUGUGGUUUCGAAAUCGGGAAGUAAAAAACAACGCUGGGGUCUACAUGUAAUACUGUGUAGACGCUUUUUAGCCGGUGUAAAAGUAAAAAGUGUCCCCCCUGGAAAAAGUGUCCGGCCCUAUUGUAUUCUGCAAUAUGGUUCUAUAGAGACCCUGACCGUCAAUAGCUCAGAGAUUGAAGCGCAUAAUAGAAUCCUUUGUUCCCGGACAUUUUAUUCGAGGACAUUUUAAACUUCUACACCGGUUUUGGUGCGUCUGUUUCACAUCGGCCUACUACACGUAAAAUAGGCCUUUUGUACAGGCGCCCCUCAACCUGCUAAAUAGCGUUUACACAAUAUUAUAUGUAAGGUACAAGCGUCUCAGAUAACCAUGGGACUCAGUGCUUUUUAGACUUGGACGGUGCCACGUUUGUUGAAAUGGCAUUAGACAAGAGCGGCGCUAUACCAACUGGGUCUCAGUUGGAUUAUGUAAUGUGAUAUUCUCUUUUGUAAAAUUUAGUGGACUAACUGGCGUAGUGGUUAGAGUACAGGACUUCUGAUCGAAAUGUCGAGAGUACGAAUCACUUCCGAGCUGUGCGCAUUGUUUUUGACAAGUUAGAUUUCGGUUGGGUGUAUGUGCACUUGGCAGUUGCUGCUUAACAGCUCAAAAGCACUACAGGAUGCUGGAAAUACAUUAUUUGUAAAAUUGGAGGGUUGAUUUUGAAUAGCGAUUUUGAAUAGCUUGGAUAUGCUGUAAGUACUGUGAAAUAUUUGAAAAAUUCGAAAGAAUUAU